AGGCGAGGUCGCUUCUGAGCUUGCUCCCGGGGAGGAAGCGGUCGUCAUUGCAGAUUUGCAGAGUUCCAGAGAUGUCCUGAGGUCCAAAUAACAACUGCUUGCUCCCCCAGAGCUCUGCCUUUUCCCAAAAGGACGAGGGGGAAAAUGACCAAGUUCCAGGAGGCAGUGACAUUCAAGGAUGUGGCUGUGGCCUUCACUGAGGAGGAGCUGGGGCUGCUGGACUCUGCCCAGAGGAAGCUGUACCGAGACGUGAUGCUGGAGAACUUCAGGAACCUGGUUUCAGUGGGACGUCAGUCCUUCAAACCAGAUAUGAUAUCCCAGUUGGAGAGGGAAGAAAAACUUUGGAUGAAGGAGUUUCAAACCCAAAGAGAUAGGCAUUCAGGAGACAGGAAUCAAAAUGAGAUGGCGACUCUUCACAAAGCAGAAUUAAGGUGCUUUUCACUGGGAGAGCUUUCAUGCUGGCAAAUCAAGAGACAUGUUGCAAGCACAUUAGCCAGAAAUCAAGACUCCAUGAUAAAUAUUGAAGUACAGAGCUCUCAGUUCCCCGAGCACCAUGAUUCCCCCUGUCAAGUGGGAGCAGGAGAAUCUAUUCAAGCUUCUGUGGAUGACAGCUGUCUAGUGAAUCUCAUAGGAGAUCAUUCCAGUAUCAUUGAAAAUCAAGAAUUUCCAACUGAGAAAGUUCAGAAUUCAUGGAGUAAAAUGUACCUGAAUCAGACACAGAAUUAUCAGAGAAGUUGUAAGCAGACCCAGAUGAAAAACAAAUUAUGUAUAUUUGCUCCAUGUGUUGACAUUUUUGGUUGUAUUUCACACCAUCAUGAUAAUAUAUUGCACAAAAGAGAUAAAGCUCAUAGCAAUAGUGAUUGUGGUAAAGACACCCUAAAGGUGUCACCUCUUACCCAGCAUAGUAUUCACACAGGACAGAAAACCUACCAGGGUAAUGAAUGUGAAGAAGCCUUCGAUGAUGGCUCCAGUCUUGAACUUCAUAAGCAGGUGCACUUGGGAAAGAAGUCUCCAGCAUGUAGUACACAUGAGAAGGACACCAGUUACAGCUUAGGUAUUCCUGUUGAACAAAGUGUUCAUACUGGAAAAAAACGCUACUGGUGUCAUGAAUGUGGUAAAGGUUUCAGUCAGAGCUCAAACCUACAAACUCAUCAGAGAGUCCACACAGGGGAGAAACCCUAUACAUGCCACGAAUGUGGUAAGAGCUUUAAUCAGAGCUCACAUCUUUAUGCUCAUUUGCCUAUUCACACUGGAGAGAAGCCCUAUAGAUGUGACAGUUGUGGGAAGGGCUUCAGCCGUAGCACAGAUCUUAACAUUCAUUGCAGAGUUCACACUGGAGAGAAGCCUUAUAAAUGUGAGGUGUGUGGGAAGGGCUUCACUCAGAGAUCACAUCUUCAAGCCCAUGAAAGAAUUCACACUGGAGAGAAACCAUAUAAAUGUGGAGAUUGUGGUAAACGCUUUAGUUGUAGCUCAAAUCUUCAUACCCAUCAGAGAGUCCACACUGAAGAAAAACCAUACAAAUGUGAUGAGUGUGGUAAGUGCUUUAGUUUGAGCUUUAAUCUUCAUAGUCAUCAACGAGUCCACACAGGAGAAAAACCAUAUAAAUGUGAAGAGUGUGGUAAGGGUUUUAGUUCAGCCUCAAGUUUCCAGAGCCAUCAGAGGGUCCAUACAGGAGAGAAACCAUUUCGAUGCAAUGUGUGUGGUAAAGGCUUCAGUCAGAGUUCAUAUUUUCAAGCACAUCAGAGAGUCCACACUGGAGAAAAACCAUACAAAUGUGAGGUGUGUGGAAAGCGCUUCAAUUGGAGCUUGAAUCUUCACAAUCAUCAGAGAGUCCACACAGGAGAGAAACCCUACAAAUGCGAAGAGUGUGGUAAGGGUUUCAGUCAGGCCUCAAAUCUUCAAGCCCAUCAGAGCGUCCACACUGGGGAAAAACCUUUCAAGUGUGAUGCAUGUCAGAAGCGAUUCAGUCAGGCCUCACACCUUCAAGCCCAUCAGAGAGUCCACACCGGAGAGAAACCAUAUAAAUGUGACACAUGUGGUAAGGCCUUCAGCCAGAGGUCAAAUCUUCAAGUCCAUCAGAUCAUUCACACUGGAGAGAAACCAUUUAAAUGUGAGGAAUGUGGGAAAGAGUUCAGUUGGAGUGCUGGUCUCAGUGCUCAUCAGAGGGUCCACACAGGAGAGAAACCCUAUACAUGUCAGCAGUGUGGGAAGGGUUUCAGUCAGGCCUCACAUUUUCACACACAUCAGAGAGUCCACACUGGAGAGAGGCCUUACAUAUGUGAUGUCUGUUGUAAGGGCUUCAGUCAGAGGUCACAUCUUGUCUACCAUCAGAGAGUCCACACUGGAGGGAAUCUGUAGAAAUUUGAGGUGUGGUUCACCCUCCAGUUAGAGUUCACGGCUUUUGUCUCCAUUGAGAAGUCCAUGCUGAUGAAUGUGGAAAGUUCCUUUAAAACUAGAAGGUUCAAAGAAUCUUGACAGGAAAGAAGUCUCUCAAAUGCUGUGUUUCAGACUUGGUUAGGACAUGAAUUCUUUACAAACGUCAUAUUUCACAGAAAACUCUCUGUUCUAUAAAUAUGAUCAGUGUUUAUAUCAGAGUUGCCAAGUGUCUCAGUUCUCAAGAUGUAACACAGCAGAAAAAUAUUGUCAGAGUCUGCCCAGGAGAGAGGCCUUACUUU